UCAUUUUCCGUUCCCUGCUGCUCAUUACCAAUUUGUGAUUCGACGUAUCAUGAUUGAGCUGUGAUUGGCUUGUUUUUCACUUGAAUACACAUCUGUUAGAUUAGUAAGUUGAAAGAUAUCCGUCUUCCAAGUCAGCAAGUUAAGUAACAGCCCCCAAUCAUUUGACGAAUAUAUGAAAUCAAGGUGUUUUUCCUUUCUUUCAGGAUACGUGGCUUUUCACUCAUCGAGCAAACAACAAUUGCAGCAACGUCCCUACCCACAAGUCGUCGUCGACAAGUCAUGGGUGUCGUCUGGUGCCGUCAUAGAACUCGGCAGUGAACAAGGAACCAACGCAAACUCCACACUUUCUUCUGGCAAGAUCGACAACGGUCCACAAAUCAUCAAAAGAAAACUAGUAGGUAAUGCUACCACGGGAAAAAUGGGAAAUGCGUCCGUGCAGGGAUCGACAGUUAUCAGUGCAUCUUCGACAACUUCCUUGUUUUGCAGCCCGGCUGACAUUGAGAGACGAUCGGCCACAGUCGUGCUAACCACGACCAACGCUGGCUACCUGGACGUGACGGAAAACAUGCUGGAGAGCAUCAAGCGGACCCGGGCCUGCCCCAACAUCACGGUCAUUGCCGAAGACGAGCCGUCUUAUCAACGCCUGACCCAGAGAAUCCAAUCCCAACCGGGACUCCACGUCCAGAGAUCACCCUUAGGUGCCACUGAAUCGAAGAGCCUAAAGCUACACUCGCCAGACUACAAUCGACUUGUAAGUCGUCGUCCGUGGUACGUUCUCAAGCUCCUCGAGAAAGGUUACGAUGUCCUCUUCGUCGACUCAGAUACCUUUUGGUUCAGAGACCCAUUCAAAGACUUUCAAGGGGAUUUCGACAUCGCUAUGCAUAACGAGAAAGUAGACGUAGCAGCCUUCUGUGACGGUUUUGCCUACUACCGACCAACGGAGAAUAGCAUACGUUUCGUUACGGAAUGGGUGCAUUCGUUGGACAAAAACAAACAUUCCGCGGACCAGAUAAUUAUGAACCAGUUGAUAUCGAGGAAGCUCUUCCCGAGGCUGAAAAUAAAGACACUUAAUGAGACCAACUACCCGGACGGGAAGAAGUAUUUUUGACAAGCGGGAUGGAGAGAGGCGCACAGUGACACGACCGUUUUGCAUCUGACUUUCGUCUUGAACCACGAUGCGAAAGUGGCGAAAUUGAAAGAAUUCGGUUUUUGGCUAAUAUGAACGCAGUUGCCGUGGUUGGCAACGAAUUUUGCCAGAACUUGCAUUAAGUAAUAGAGAAGCAUUUUUAAUACAAGUCUUUGGUAGAAUAUGUUGGUUAUUUUGUAUAUUAAACAAUCCAAUGGCAAUGUUUUGGAAACAUUAUUUUAGCUAUUGUUUGAUUUUACAACGCUGACCUUCCAUAGUUUGCCAAUCCUUGAUUGUCAAAAAGUCCGAAUAACGGUUGGCAAAGAAAGAUCGAUACAGCAAUGAAAAAGGAUUAUUGCAUGAUUUCUCGUCAGGAAAGGAGUCAUGUUUAAGACACGUGGAUGGGGAAAGUUUGCCCUCUCAUUUGUCCUAGCACACCCCCGUUUCAGUUCAUGUCAGUCGGUCAGUCAUCA